AUGUAAGAGACUCCGUAAUAAACUAACGUCUUAAAACAAAAAAAAAAUAGUUUAACGGGUGGAGAAGAAGAAAGCAAUGCAAAACGUACGUAUAUGCCGCCAAACCACCCACUUUCUUCGUCGUCGCUGUUUUUCCGCCAUGGCUGCACAUUCUCCUUCAUCAUCUUCUCUCUCCUCCAUCUUCAUCUCCCGCUCUCGCCCUUCUCUCUCCUCCUCACAUUCCAAACUCAACCCUAACCCUAACCCUAACUAUAUCUUUCACAAAUCCCUCCAAAUCUCCAUUCGGACCAUUCCCAGGUGCACCUUCAAGUCCUCUCCCAUUCAUUCCAACAAAUCUCCCACCGAAACCGACGACGAACCACCACCACCACCGCCUCCGUCGCCGCAACAUCAACCAGGGAAAGGUGGAGGAGAAACUUCUCUUCUUUCUACCUCCUCUAAACGCUCCUUCGCGGUCGCUACUGGCGAGCUUUUUAUCGGGAUCGCUUCCCGCCUUGUGAAUUUCCGCGGGAAAAUCAAUAGUCCCAGUGAAAGUUCGACGAUUUCGAUGGACGAGGAUUCGACUAUACCGAGGUACAAUGCCAGCGAGAAAUCGGAGAGCGGAGAGAGAAUUGCGGCAGUGAUCGAGGAUUCGUUGGAACCAGGGGUUCUUUGGGAACAGAGGGAGAAGGAUGUUGAGGCGGAGAAGCGGAGGAAGGCGGUGACUAGUCCAGGGUUUAGUUUCUCUGCCGCCGGGCUUUUGUUUCCGUAUCAUCUCGGAGUUGCUCAAUUUCUUAUAGAAAAUGGAUAUAUCAAGGAAACAACACCUUUAGCUGGUUCCUCAGCUGGUGCGAUUGUUUGUGCAGUGAUAGCCUCUGGAAGCAGCAUGCAGGAUGCUUUACAAGCUACCAAAAUUUUGGCUGAAGAUUGCCGGACGAAUGGAACAGCAUUUCGACUUGGGGCUGUUCUUAGAGAUGUCUUACAAAAGGUCCUUCCAGACGAUGCUUAUACCAGGUGCAAUGGACGAGUGCGGGUGGCCAUAACACAAAUUGUAUGGAGACCAAAGGGACUAUUGGUAGAUCAGUUUGACUCCAAUGAAGAUCUCAUCAAUGCAUUAUUCACCUCUUCUUUUAUUCCUGGCUAUCUUGCUCCAAGACCUGCAACUAUGUUUAGGAACCGGCUCUGUAUAGAUGGAGGCUUGACACUAUUCAUGCCACCUACCUCUGCUCCUCAGACGGUCCGUGUUUGUGCCUUCCCUGCUAGUACUUUGCGAAUGGCAGGCAUUGGGAUUAGUCCAGACUGUAACCCUGAGAAUAGGCUUAGUACUCGACAGCUUUUUAAUUGGGCGCUUGAGCCAGCAGAGGAUUUAAUGCUUGACAAACUCUUUGAGUUUGGAUACUCGGAUGCUGCUAGUUGGGCAAAGGAGAACCCGGUGAAUUCAAUACUCCAACAGGAGAAACCCUAGGCGUAGAUGUGAGUUUUGACACCCCACCCCACAUUGUUUUAAAAAGCUGAAUAUAUAUAUAUAUAUAUAUAUAUAUAUAUAUAUAUAUAUAUAUAUAAUAUACAGAAGUAUGAUCCUCAUUUUCUUAUGUAUACUACGGAGUAGAAGUUAUUCAAGAAAAAUAUGUUUACGAUUGUUUACAUCAGGGUUUUAACAUGUAUAUAAUAAUAGAAAACGACUGGUUAUUUCAUUAGGUGUUGUUUUCUGGCUACUUGUCUGAUCAGUAGCAUAAUUGUAAUCUGACCUUAUCCUUCAUGCACUUGGGAGUACCGAGAGGAUUCUCCAUCUGGUAUGUAUAAGCAUAACACAGGUACGACUGUA